GCCACACGGGCUCCGCCUAUGUAGUAAGCUUGACGGUUAUAUCUUUUAGCAGCUAAUUUUUUUGACAGUUGGUGUAGAAAUGAAACGUUUUUGACGCUCGACGUUUGUUUUUUACGAGCUAUGAGGGAGCGACACGUCGGGUGAGGACAUAUUAAUCGUUGAACAUCGGCGUAGUAAGUCUGUCUGAAGAAUGGAGACUCUCAUUCCCACCAUCAACCGGCUGCAGGAGGUCUUCCUCACAGUGGGUGCAGAGGUCAUCCAGCUGCCUCAGAUAGUCGUGGUUGGAUCUCAGAGCAGUGGAAAGAGUUCUGUGCUGGAGAGCCUGGUCGGACGGGAUUUCUUGCCUCGGGGGUCAGGGAUAGUCACGAGACGACCCCUCGUGUUGCAGCUUAUUAAUGUUGCUCCUCUGCAGGAGAGACUGAAGAUCGAGAGUGGUAACGGGGUAAAACAAAAUGCCCAAAACAGCUACCCAGGUGUCAAAGCUGAAGAAUGGGGCACAUUCCUGCACUGCAAGAACCAGAUCUUCACAGAUUUUCAGGAAAUUUGUCGGGAAAUUGAAGCAGAGACUGAACGCAGUUCUGGUGAUAACAAGGGAAUCAGUCCUGAGCCGAUAUAUUUGAAGAUAUUCUCCCCUAAAGUCUUGAAUCUCACCCUGGUUGAUUUACCUGGAAUUACUAAGGUUCCUGUUGGGGACCAGCCAGAGGACAUCGAGGCUCAAGUACAAGAAAUGAUCUUGUCCUUCAUCUCCAAUCCAAACUCCCUCAUCCUCGCCGUGUCCCCUGCCAACUCUGACUUGGCCACCUCAGAUGCGCUGAAAUUGGCUCGCGAGGUCGAUCCAGAUGGUCGUCGAACACUGCUGGUCACCAGUAAGCUGGACCUGAUGGAUGCAGGCACUGAUGCUCUGGAGGUCCUUCUGGGUCGAGUCAUUCCAGUCCGACUUGGGAUUAUUGGGGUGGUUAACAGGAGCCAGCAUGACAUCAAUACCCAGAAGAGCCUGGAGGACUCAAUGAAGGAUGAGCAGGCUUUUCUGCAGCGCCACUACCCCUCGCUCGCCUCACGCGCUGGCUCCCGCUAUCUGGCCAAAACUCUCAGCAGGUUGCUCAUGCACCACAUCCGGGACUGCCUGCCAGACCUCAAAACCCGAGUGACCGUGCUGAGCGCCCAGUACCAGGCGAGGCUCAACAGCUACGGCCAGCCAGUAGAAGACCACAGUGCCACCCUGCUGCAGAUUGUCACCAAGUUCGCCAGCGAUUACUGCAACACCAUCGAGGGAACGGCCAGAUACAUCCAGACCUCGGAGCUCUGUGGGGGUGCUCGUAUCUGUUACAUAUUCCAUGAGACCUUUGGCCGCACUUUGCAAUCCAUCGACCCUCUGGGAGGACUGACCGAGCUUGAUAUCCUCACUGCCAUCCGCAAUGCUACAGGUCCGCGGCCUGCACUUUUUGUGCCCGAGGUGUCCUUUGAGUUGUUGGUGAAGCGGCAAAUUAAGCGGCUGGAGGAGCCGAGCCUGCGCUGCGUAGAGCUUGUUCAUGAAGAGCUGCAGAGGAUCAUCCAGCACUGCUCCUCCUUUAGCACACAGGAGCUUCUUCGAUUCCCCAAACUGCACGACUCCAUUGUGGAAGUGGUGACUGGAUUACUGAGGAAGCGCCUGCCGAUUACUAAUGACAUGGUACACAAUUUAGUAGCAAUAGAGCUCGCCUACAUCAACACAAAACAUCCAGACUUCACGGACGCAGCGCAGGUCUCUGCAUCUGUCAACAGUCAGCAGGCGGAGGCCCUUGAUGGAGGGAAGCGCUGGAAGAACGAGAAGGUUGCAGAGGAGAAAGCCCCGGCUACGGGCUUUGGCAGCCCCAGCAAAGGCCAGGCCAUUAACCUCCUCGACACAGCGGUGCCGGCAUCUCGAAAGCUGAGCGCGAGGGAGCAGAGAGACUGCGAGGUCAUCCAGCGCCUCAUCAAGUGCUACUUCCUCAUUGUCCGCAAGAGCAUCCAAGACAGUGUGCCCAAGACAGUGAUGCACUUCCUGGUGAACUUUGUGAAAGAGCAUCUGCAGAGCGAGCUGGUCGGUCAGCUUUACAAACAGCAACUGCUGCAGGGGCUGCUCAUUGAGUCACAGGACACGGCACAGCAGCGGACCGAAGUUGCUCAAAUGCUCGAGGCGCUCAAAAAAGCCAAUAACAUCAUCUCUGAGAUCCGGGAGACCCAUCUGUGGUAGCCAGAGGACACGAACAAUUCCCUUGUCAUAGGAACGCUUUGAGAGUAUGAAAGCGUGUGUGAGUUUACAGCACAGAGCGAUUGUGAUUGUGCGCGAGUGUGUGUGUCUGUGUGUACCACCGUUUUCUCAUUGGACCAAUGACCGUAGCACAUUUUAGAUCAACUCUUUUCCAGUCAGCUGUCGCCCUGACCAAUACACCAGGGGCUGUUUCUUUUCACUGUGAACGUCGUGUAGUGACAGAAAUUAAUUAAACACUCAGGCCGUAUGUGUUAUUGCAAGGUUGCAAGAAGAAAGACACAGCCGCGAACAAAAUCUCUCCUUGUGACAAAAUGUUUACCGGUUCAUAUGAUUGUUGCUGUACGUGAAAAAUGUAAAUUAUAUGUGAAGUUUUUUCUUUUUCUUUCUGAACGAACUGUGUUCACGCUUUACAUUUUCCAAACCGGGGUUCCUCUGAGCCUCAGGUGCUAAAAUUAUGUGAGAUUAGGCUCCGACUUUAAUCCCCAUUGUUGGAACACUCGGCAGACAUAGGAGUGAAGUGGAAAUCAUAAUCAAUGCCGCCUGCAAUGCAACACUGAAGACAGAGCACAGUCAUUUGCAGAAAUUACAGGAUGAAUGCAGAUUGUUUUUCCAGCUCUGGUACUACUAAUCAAUAUCUGGUUUGUUUUUCAGUCACAUUUACAUAUCAGCUCAUUUAUAUUACUAACAAUGUUUCUCUGACUUUCUUAUUUUGUGUGUAGUCAUAAACAAAGAGACCAAACAUUCCCAUCAUAUAUUUCCCUCUCUGUUAAGCUCGUAGGGACUCCCACGUAGAGUUGGACAGAUGUUAUGUAUGCAUAUAUAUUAUAAGAUUUAGUAAACAGGGCUUAAUUAAAACUUCAGAGACUAGUCAGGAUUGUUAUACGAGUACGAUACGCCAUUUGUUUGUAAGGUUUUAGAUCCGGAAGGUAAGGAUGUAAUGUUCUGUAGCUUCUCUUCAUUCCCUCGAAACCAAUUGUUCAGCGCUCUCCACUCUUAAUGGUGCGGAGAGAUAAGACAGAGCCCUAUCGCUGUCCCCGUCCAUUACUAAGACAACGACUGCCCCAGGUACAAGACGCUCAGAAGCAGAAACCUCCUGCAUGCAGUACAUCCCCCCCAACUCUCAACUUCAGUUAGCCGGAGACAUUUGCUUCUGUGCCAGUAAUACUUUCAUUGUGUAAUAUUGCUUGCUGUAGGAAAAAAAAGAAAAAAGAAAAGAUUUAUCUUUUUCUAUCUAGUCCUAACUUAGCUUGUUCAGGCAGAUUCCUCCCCCAGGUGUUCGAGUGUUUUAUGUGAAUCUCUUCUCAUAGCCAAGACAAAUAGCAUAUCUCGAAAAUUAGGCUUUGUCGGGAGACACUGCCAUAAUGGGGGCCCUCGAACAGCGACUUCUGUGUGAUCAGGGAGCGUCAGUGGUGUACGUUUGCAUGCGUGUGUUCAGUACGGAUGAAUUAUGUAUAUUUUGUAUUAUUUAAAUGUAUAUUAUCAUGUGUCGACUGCCUGUGAGUUCUUGCCUGCCAAUAUUUGUGAUACAUGUUUACUGAAUGAAGUCUGUUGAGGUUGGAGGGGCUCAUUAAACCCGAACAAAGGACACA